UUUGAAGUUAGUUUUUAGUAAGCAGAAUGCAGGAUAGCCACAAAUCGUUUCUGAUUAAAGAUUUGUUGGGGGACGUCCUUCGGCCUGUGCCAGAUGGCGCCACAGAGGACCCGGACGCUAGCCAAGCGUCCGAAAACGACGACGACAUAUCCGUCGGCGACAACCGCAGCGACGCCUCCUCCAAGUACGACAAGGACAAGGCCGAAACGGCGAGGUCCUCGCCCGUCGAUUUCAACAGGGCGGAGUAUUUCAAGGAGGAGUUUGAGAGGAGCGAGGGUUUGAAGUUGUAUAAUGGCGAUCUGUUUCAUAUGUACAGGCCUGAAGCGGGUAAAGAGGACGAAAACUUCGUGAUAUCAGACAGCAUCUACGGAAGAUCCAUGGACUUGUCGAAGAGUUCCUUCCAGAGCCAACUGUUGGCUGGCUUCGCGUCAGUCAUGGCUGGUGGGUCUCAGAGGGAAACCCAGGAGUCAGCAGACCGGCAGCCCCGGGCAAGCUCCUCCCGCAAGCCCCGGCGCCGUCGCACCGCCUUCACGCACGCCCAGCUCGCCUAUCUUGAGCGAAAGUUCCGCUGUCAGAAGUACCUCAGCGUCGCUGACCGUGGAGAUGUUGCUGACGCGCUCAGUCUAAGCGAGACGCAAGUGAAGACUUGGUAUCAGAACAGACGAACAAAAUGGAAGCGUCAGAACCAGCUGCGCCUGGAACAGCUCCGUGCCCAAGCCGCCGGCGGGGGCGAGAGGGACGUCCGAUCGCUGCCUCUCGCGUGCGCACUCCUCCCGUCCUACCCUGCCUACAUGCACUGUCACAUGUGAACGGACUUCUAACAUGAGCCAGGGGUCCGAUCGGGUGAUUCCGGCAGCUUUCGGCUCUCAUAUGCGUCAAACUUCGGUUUUUAUGAUUCAUGACUUGAAUUAUUUGAUUUAGACGAGCCCUUUGUAAUAUUAGAAAUCGUCACAUUUCACCUGCCGCGCCUUGAGAUACCCCCUAUAUAUAAUAUUAUAUAGGGGUACCGCAAGCAAAAUAAGCCCGUAAAACUCGCGCGAGGGUCGUAGCAUGCCUUACGCGUCUCUGGGUUGUUGUUUUGUGACUUAUCGCUUGCCGUUGCCACUGGUCGCCUUAGACCAAUGUCGUGGCCAGUCUGUUAGAAUACGUUGCUCGAAAGCAUAAAAGUCGCAAAAAUCUAUGUAAUUCUCGGUUCAAGUAACAAUUUGGUGGUGCUGUUUAAUUUCUCCAUACACAGUUAUGACGUUUAAGAUAUCGAGUAACAUAUUCUAACACGUCAAAAAGUUAUGAUAGUCUUUAGUUUGACUGUAAAGUGAGGUGGGUUAAACAAGAACAUGGGUCAAAAUGGACACACGGAAAACAACGUUGUCAUAUGAGUGAAAAACAUUCUAGUCUAGUAAAGGUCAUACCGUCUCACAUUGCUCCUUACAGCUAGGACGUGAAUUACUUGUUAUAAAAAUGACAUUUUAUAGUAUUUUAAUUUUAAAACGUACAUUAUAGUACUUAUAUUCGAAUAACAGCGCCCUUUUGACGAUAGUCAUAUAUUAAAUUUCUGGUCAGACUUUAUUAGAGUUUCAAGCCUUCUGUGCAAUAUCAUAUUUUUGUUUAAAUAAUUUUAAUUUUUUCUGUAGUCUAGUCAAGUAGGUACCUGAAAUAUGUAUAUUAUAAAUGUAAUUAGUUAUAUUAAUUCAGUAGUAAUAUAACUUGAAUAUAUCAUAUACCGAUAUAUCAUCUGAAUGAAAGAAUAGUACAGGUGCCGUAGUCGAAUGGCAUUUCUGCGACGAGAAACGAAAACGAAGCGCCGCGAAAGGUAGUCUGGCUCUGUAGCGCCAAUACGCAAG